AUGGAGAAACCCAUGGUUCCGACAUGGAGACCCGACCCGGUUUACCGUCCGCCGGAGACACCGCUUGAGCCGAUGGAGUUCCUCGCUCGCUCCUGGAGCGUCUCUGCUCUCGAAGUCUCCAAGGCUCUAACACCUCCGAAUCCUCAGAUUCUCCUCUCCAAAACCGAAGAGGAGCCCAUCUCCGGCGACGGCGAUACGGAGGAGAACGGACUCGUCUCCGGAAACCCAUUCUCCUUCGCUUCUUCCGAAACUUCUCAAAUGGUCAUGGAUCGUAUCUUGUCUCACUCUCAGGAAGUGUCGCCAAGAACAUCUGGUCGGCUUUCACAUAGCAGUGGUCCUCUCAACGGUUCUUUAACCGACAGUCCUCCUGUCUCUCCUCCAGAAUCCGACGACAUUAAGCAAUUUUGUCGAGCGAACAACAAUGCACUGAACAACAUUAACUCUCAGUUCCGUUCAACGGCGACAACUCCGGGACCUAUAACCGCCACAGCGACGCAGUCGAAGACGGUGGGACGGUGGCUUAAGGACCGGAGAGAGAAGAAGAAAGAGGAGACGCGAGCACACAACGCUCAGAUUCACGCCGCUGUCUCUGUUGCCGGUGUGGCUGCAGCUGUUGCUGCCAUCGCAGCGGCCACCGCCGCGUCUUCUAGCUCAGGCAAGGAUGAGCAGAUGGCUAAAACCGACAUGGCGGUUGCUUCCGCGGCGACUCUUGUGGCUGCUCAGUGCGUGGAAGCUGCUGAAGUUAUGGGAGCUGAGAGAGAGCAUUUGGCCUCAGUUGUUAGCUCCGCCGUCAAUGUUCGGUCUGCCGGAGAUAUCAUGACUCUCACCGCCGGAGCAGCUACAGCGUUAAGAGGAGUAGCGACAUUGAAGGCGAGAGCGAUGAAGGAAGUGUGGAACAUUGCCUCCGUGAUUCCAAUGGACAAAGGACUCGCUUCUACUGGAGGAUGCAGCAAUGUUAACAAUGGUAGCAAUGGAAGCUCAAGCAGUAGUCACAGUGGCGAACUUGUUCAACAAGAGAAUUUCCUGGGAACUUGUAGCAGAGAGUGGCUCGCUAGAGGUUGCGAACUUCUCAAACGUACUCGCAAAGGUGAUCUCCACUGGAAGGUGGUUUCUGUUUACAUCAACAAGAUGAAUCAGGUUAUGUUGAAGAUGAAGAGCAAGCAUGUUGGAAAAACCUUCACCAAGAAGAAAAAGAACAUUGUUCUUGAAGUGAUCAAGAAUGUCCCUGCCUGGCCUGGACGACAUUUGCUAGAGGGAGGAGAUGACUUGAGAUACUUUGGUUUGAAGACGGUUUUAAGAGGUGAUGUGGAAUUCGAAGUCAAGAGCCAGAGGGAGUAUGAUAUGUGGACACAAGGUGUUUCAAGGCUCCUUGUUGUUGCUGCUGAGAGGAAAUUUAGGAUGUGA